AUGUCGUCCUACGGUCCCACCGGCGCCCCGGCGGACGCGAUGGAAGCUGCUGCCGCCGCCGGCGGCAGCUACCGGGUGUGCGACACGGUGGUGCUCGUCUGCCUCGGCUCCGCCUCCGCCCUCAUCGUCCUCACGGUGGCCAUCUGCUUGCGCCGCGCCUUCGCCAACGGGUACGCGGCCGCCGCCGUGGCCGCGAACGGCGCCGGAGCCACCGCUGCCAACGGCAGAAGCCGGUGCGGGCUGGCGCCGUCCGCGCUGUCGGCGAUCCCCAUGCUCGCCUACCGGAGGGGCGCCGGCGCCGCAGCUGGCGCCGGGUGGGCGCAGUGCGCCAUCUGCCUCGCCGUGGUGCGGGACGGGGAGACGGUGCGGUUGCUGCCGGCGUGCGGGCACCUAUUCCACGUCGAGUGCAUCGACCUGUGGCUGCGCUCUCACGCUACCUGCCCGCUUUGCCGGCGUGACGUCGUCGAGGCUCCCGCCGAAAAGGUUUGA